CUCAUUGAUGAUACAACAGUUCGCACAGGGCCUGGCACACAUGCUAAAGGCUCAGCAGUAUUGAUAAUCACCCACACUUACAAAGCACUAUGGGCCAGACACUGCUGUGCUUUCUUUACAGAUAUCAACUCAUUUAACCCGCCCUAAAAACCCUGAGGUUCCCAAAACUGGCAUAUCCUCAUGUUACAGAUACAGAAACUAAGACACAGCCGGGCUAAGUAAUUAAUCUAAGCUUACACAAAUAGCCGAGACAGAGCCAGGACUUAAAUCCAGGCAGCCUGUUUCACAGUCCCUGCUCAUAACCAUGGUGCUGUAUAGUUCCAAACAUCUUAACUAAUGAGGACAGCAUUAUUUCUCAAGGUGCACAGCACAGAGAACUUCAAAAAUUAGACUCUUAGUAAAACACCAUCUUUUUUUUUUUUUUUUUGAGACAGGGUCUUGCUGUGUUGCCCAGGCUGGAGUGCAGUGGCGUGAUCUGGGCCCACUGCAACCUGCACCUCUCAGGUUCAAGAGAGUCUUGUCUCAGCCUCUGGAGUUGCUGGGACUACAGGCAGGCGCCACCGCGCCCAGCAAAUUUUUUGUAUUUUUAGUACAGACGGGGUUUCACCAUGUUGACCACGCUGGUCUCAAACUCCUGACCUCAAGUGAUCUGCCCGACUCGGCCUCCCAAAUUGCUGGAAUUUAUUCCAACACCUCAUUCAUUCAUUCAUUCAUUCGAGACAGAGUCUAGCUAUGUUACCCGGGCUGGUCUCAAAGUCCUGGGCUCAAGGGAUCUUUCUACCUCAGCCUCCCAACGUGCUGAGAUUACAGGGACACGCCACCGCGCCAGCCCGAACAUCUUUAUCUUAAACCCAGAAAAGUGACAGAGGAGUGUCUCCCCUACAAGAUGAUAACCAGCCCUCCAGACCUGAGCCCAGGUGUGAUUCCAAGGCCCCUGUACUGGGGCCAGACAGGGAGACUCGCUCUCAGGGACUUCCCAACCAGCACCAUCUUCUCCCUGCGGGGAUGGCGAGGGAGCGCGGGCCGGCCCCGGCCCUGCCUCCGCGCUCGCGCUCGACGCUGUCCUGAAGCGCGCUCCCGGGGAGGUGUUGCAGCCAUGGCGACGGCAGCCGGCGCGACCUACUUUCAGCGAGGCAGUCUGUUCUGGUUCACAGUCAUCACCCUCAGCUUUGGCUACUACACAUGGGUUGUCUUCUGGCCUCAGAGUAUCCCUUAUCAGAACCUUGGGCCCCUGGGCCCCUUCACUCAGUACUUGGUGGACCACCAUCACACCCUCCUGUGCAAUGGGUAUUGGCUUGCCUGGCUGAUUCAUGUGGGAGAGUCCUUGUAUGCCAUAGUAUUGUGCAAAUGAGAAAACUGAUUCUGAGAGAUACUGAGUGAUUUGCCCAGGUCACAGCUGGCAUAAAGGCAUCACAAGUGGUCGGGCUCAGCUACUCUGGUUCCUACAGACUUUCUUCUUCGGGAUAGCGUCUCUCACCAUCUUGAUUGCUUACAAACGGAAGCGCCAAAAACAAACUUGAAGUUGUCUGAAAGCUUGCUCUACACUUUUACAUUCAUCCUCACCUUUUUUUUUGUGGGGUAGAGGAGGUGCAGUAAUUUACUCAGUGAUCUUUCUACUUUCUAGAAACUGUCCUUCAAAGCUCUUUAAGACCCCCUCGUUAGUCAGUUUUUUCUCUUAUAUGCUCUGGUUGAGCUUGAAUAGACCAGUUGUUACUUAAGAAAGAAACAGAGAAAGAUUUUAGCUUUUCAGUCCUAUUUGGCAGAGGACUUCAGCUACCUUCUUACAGUCUUUGGCUGUGUUGGUACCCUCGUGUGCUCUGAGCUAAGCCACAUACUAAAUUGACUUUUUGGUUUGUAUACCCUUGCUCCCGCCUUCUGAUGAAAACACCUUACCCUCACAACCACCAUCUUUCCUCUCCUUUCCAAAGCUCUUUCCACCUUGCUGCACUAAGAUAAAGUGACACUUCCACUAUAUGUCAAUUCCACACACAUUUAUUAGGUACCUGUGAGGUAGGAUCCUAUCCUCUCAAACUUCCAUUUCUCAUGCUACAGAGAAAGAUAAGGAAGAUGAGCAAGUGCCUGGAAUGGGGCAGGCUGAGCAGUCACACAGGCAUAGAGGCACGCUGAGAACCCGGAGGGGAGACUGCAGAGUGCCUUCCCUGAUGCUGCAGCCGGAAGUGAUCCUUCCCUCCACCUGGCCCCUGGGACACUGUGCUCUGCAGUGUGCAGGGCCUGAUGGCACUGCUAGAUUGCUCCUUCAGCUCAGGGCCACAGCUUAAACAGCUUUACCUUUCCCCUCAGUACCUGUCCCACUAUCUUGCACACAGGUGCUCUAACCAUGUUUAUUGAACAAAGGAGGGAAACUGAUUUCACUUUCACUUGUUCAUUAUCAUUCCAAUUUUUAUGUGAAAAUGGCAUAACCCGUUUGGGGUACCCUCACCCCAAAAGAAAAGCCCAAGUCUACCUUUGACUGGUACCACCUUUUUUGUGGUUUCCUUGGUGAGAAACCUUUAUCUUUUUCAUACCUUUCUAUUCUCAAUCACUUCUCCAAAAGUGUCUCUUUCCAGCGCUGAUUUAUUCAAAACACAAGCAUUUCUGUUUAGAGAUUCUAGCCCAUGGGUUAUCUGGCUAGUUAUUACCUCUCCUGUUCACUUAGUUAUACUUUAUUAUUGCUCACAGGUUGGGGAGGCAGAAUGACUCUGUCACCACUAGGAGCCAUUAGGGCUUCUUCCCUGGAGGACUGCCUGCUUGCUUUCUGGGGACACUAGCCCUCAUUUCCCUUCUGUGGUACAGUGGGGCAAAUUAUUUGUAUUAAGCAAACAUUUAUGGGAAACAACCCCCUCCCCAAAACGGAGCCCCCAAGUAAAGCACAACCCUGAAAGAUUAUGAACUAUGAAUUGUCUCUAGUAGAGAUAAAUUUCUGCAAAUAUAUCUCAGUCUUCCCUCUGUUUCUCUGGUGAUUAAGAAGUUCCUUUUUGGUAAGGAAAAGGAUUUUUAACCAUAGAGUUAGGCAUCAUGGAAAUUCAAACCAGAUUUCUUAAUACCUGGUCUUCCUCAAAGAGAAAUAAUAACAGUAAUAGUGGUGCUGGGAACAAUAUGGCAGAUUAUUGAAUGAAAUUGAUUAACUUGAAUAAAAUGCUGUGAAUUAUCUCUA